ACAUUUUCUUUCUCAGCUGAGUUGUCACAUUCAUGACAGUGACCACCAAGGGCUAGUUUCUUUUCUAGCUCAGAAGAGAAUUGCUUCAGUCAGAGUUGGGGCUAAGAAUAGGAAUGUAUUUCCUCAUGUUGUUUGGUUUCGGGUGGGUAGAAUGUGGGAAACACAAGGUAUGCAAGGGAACUGUUUGGAGUUUAAGUAUCUUCAGGGAGCAGUAGAGAGGACAAAAAAUUAUUUUACCUGUAUGUUUACAAAGGUCAAAGACCAAGACUAAGACAAAUGAGAGCAAUUUAUAAGGACUGGCUGCACAUGCUGGUUGUCCAACUGUGGUUUAUUUCAACUGCAGGUCAGAAUAACCUUGUCCUGUGGAAUGGAUGCCCAGGUAUGACACUGACACUGAUAUUUUAAGCAAUCUUUUAAAACUUCUUAAGGUAGAAAGAAGGAAGGAACAUAUGGGUACUAGGUACCUGGAGAGACACCCAGGAGAGGGAACAGGGAAGCUGAGACUGGCAAAGACAAGCAUCUUGUCCUCCAGUCAUUCACGGGGUAGACCUGGUCAGCGACACACACCCCUGUCCACACUAACUUCUCUGCCUCAAGGAUCAGGAGACUCUGCUUUACAAGGUAAGAGAAUCCCGGAAUUUCAGCUUUAGUGCAAAUUGGAUGGGGGGUGGGGGGAAGGGUAAAGAUUUUUGGUAAUCAUUAUUUAUAAAGUAGAUGAUUCUCCAUAUUUGGAGCCUCCCUCCCUCCAUCACCUGUGAACCUCAAUUUAUAACCCCAGGGCACACUUGAGUCCCUCUAGGCUAUUUUUGGCUAAACCCCAAACACUUGAGGCUGGCACUGUAAAAGCUUUUCUCCAAGUGCCCCAUUUGGUCUUCCUCUCUCAGAAAUCUAGAGUCAUAACCUGAUCAAGAACCAUGUCCCUUAUACCAUGGGUAGUUUGAUGAUUAACUGGCUUAAUGAGGCAUCUACUUUCCUAUAGAUUUUUACUAUCAAUAGCUGCUCUAUAGCCAGUUGCUUCUUAAUGACUGUCCUAUGAUCCUAGCUAGUCCUUUGAUUGUGGACUACUGCCUACCCAGUGGCUGCGAGGGGAGGGAUCCUGCAGACCUGGGGAUCUAGAGCUGCCACCAGGGGGCUCUAGCUUACGGAGAAAGCUGGACCCAGGCAGGCAUCGCCUGGGAAAAGCUGCGCAGUGGAGGCACAGACUUCUCCCGGGUUGCUUCCUUGGGGUAGGUGAGUUUGUGGAGGUUCCAGGGAUCUUUGCUCCAACGCAAAAGACCUUAACAGCCAGCCUCUCCUGGGAACCCACUCCCUCCACCUCCUGAUCACGGGAUACGAGGCUGCUCUUGCUGCUGGGGACUAGGCAAAUCCAAAGCCUCUUUACUUUCACCACUAGAUUUGUUAGAGUCAGACUUACGUAUUUAAUGACACGGAAGCCUUAGUCCUCUUAGACCUACGUGGGUCUGGGUCUAGGGACGUGAUCCUCAAAGUGUGGUCCAGUAGCCCGGCAGCAUCAGUUUCAGCUUCACCCAGGACUGAGUUGGAAAUGCACAUUCUCAGGCCCCGCCCCAGCCCUCCUAAAUCCACCGCGGGACGAGGGGCUUCAGCUGUGCCUUGCUACCCUUGCGGUAGGAUGGCCGUGAAGUGCUCGAGCCCGACAGCGCCUGUCCUAGGGCUUGCCCUUCGCCCAGACGGGUGUGGAUCUCUGGGUGCUCCGAGAUUGCCUGGCGCUGGGUCUGUGGUCACGUGUGCCCUCGGAUUUCUCUCUAGGUCCCUCCUGGGUUUUUAAAAGGCAGAAGCUCCUCGUUGAGUCGUCUGUGAUCUUUGCAGUGUCUAACGGCUGCUGGACCUUCUAACACCCACUCCGUCGCCUCUGCUGCUAGGCCGCUUGAUGAACUGAGGCUGCGAGAACCUCCUCUGGAAACUUGCAGGGUGGAGAGCAGGCGGCGGGAACCGGACCAGAGCGGGAUCAUCCUGGGCUGCGACUGCAUGCAGUGCUGCGGCCAUUGUGCCCAACAUGAGUCUCUGAGAACAUUGUAAUGUCCUUUUGUGCCUCUUCUCACAAAGAGUUUUCUCACCUGUUACCUAUUCAAGACAUGGAUAUCAAAAACUCACCAUCAAGCCUUAACUCUCCUGCCUCCUACAACUGCAGUCAAUCUGUCCUACCCCUGGAGCAUGGCACCAUAUACAUACCUUCCUCCUAUGUAGAGAGCCGCCGUGAAUAUUCAGCCAUGACUUUCUAUAGCCCUGCUGUGAUUAAUUACAGUAUUCCCAGCAGUGCCAAUAACUUGGAAGGUGGACCUGGUCAACAGACUACAAGCCCAAAUGUGUUGUGGCCGACUCCUGGACACCUCUCUCCUUUGGCAAUCCAUUGCCAGUCAUCACUUCUGUAUGCGGAACCUCAAAAAAGUCCUUGGUAUGAAGCAAGAUCACUAGAACAUACCUUACCUGUCAACAGAGAGACACUGAAAAGGAAGGUUAACGGAAGCAGUUGUGCCAGCCCUGUUACUAGUCCAGGUUCAAGGAGGGAUGCUCACUUCUGUGCAGUCUGCAGCGAUUUCGCAUCUGGAUAUCACUAUGGAGUCUGGUCAUGUGAAGGUUGUAAGGCCUUUUUCAAAAGAAGCAUUCAAGGGCAUAAUGAUUAUAUUUGUCCAGCUACCAAUCAGUGUACAAUAGAUAAGAACCGGCGCAAAAGCUGCCAGGCUUGCCGACUUCGAAAGUGCUAUGAGGUUGGAAUGGUGAAGUGUGGCUCCCGGAGAGAAAGAUAUGGGUACCGCGUGGUCCGAAGGCAGAGAAAUUCUGAUGAACAGCUGCACUGCCUGAACAAAGCCAAGAAAAACGGUGGGCCUGCGAGCCGAGUUAAGGAGCUGCUGCUGAGCGCCCUGAGCCCCGAGCAGCUGGUGCUCACACUGCUGGAGGCGGAGCCACCCCACGUGCUUGUGAGCCGCCCCAGCGCGCCCUUCACCGAGGCCACCAUGAUGUUGUCUCUGACCAAGCUGGCCGACAAGGAGCUGGUGCACAUGAUCGGCUGGGCCAAGAAAAUUCCAGGCUUCGUGGAGCUCAGUCUGUAUGACCAAGUGCGGCUCCUGGAGAGCUGCUGGCUGGAGGUCCUCAUGUUGGGGCUGAUGUGGCGCUCGAUCGACCACCCAGGCAAGCUCAUCUUUGCUCCAGACCUCGUUCUGGACAGGGACGAGGGGAAAUGCGUAGAAGGAAUUCUGGAAAUCUUUGACAUGCUCCUGGCAACGACUUCAAGGUUUCGUGAGUUAAAACUCCAACACAAAGAGUAUCUCUGUGUCAAGGCCAUGAUCCUCCUCAACUCCAGUAUGUACCCCUUUGCUGCAGCAACCCAGGGGGCCGAGAGCAGCCAGAAGCUGACUCACUUGCUGAAUGCUGUGACCGAUGCCCUGGUCUGGGUGAUUGCCAAGAGUGGCAUUUCCUCCCAGCAGCAGUCCAUUCGCCUGGCUAACCUCCUGAUGCUCCUUUCUCAUGUCAGGCAUGCCAGUAACAAGGGUAUGGAACACCUGCUCAGCAUGAAGUGCAAAAACGUGGUCCCAGUCUACGACCUGCUGCUGGAGAUGCUGAAUGCCCACACACUUCGAGGGUACAAGCCCUCUGGUGCAGGUUCCGAGUGCAGCCCAGCACAGGAGAGUAGAAGCAGAGAGGGCUUCCAGAAGCCCCAGUCUCAGUGAUGCCCAGCCCUGAGGUGGACAGGCCACAGAGGAAGCCAGAGGCUGAAGCGUGAACUCCAGCACGAACUGUGAGCCCCAUUGAGGGUGGGUGGACGUCAUUACUGUGUUCCUACUGUGGGGACCCUUGUUUGGUAUGGCUGGCUCUGUCAUGAACCAUCCGUCCCCCAACCUCCUCACUUCCCAGGAGUCUGAGAAAGCCAGUUUUCCUUGUUACCAGGGGGCACACUUGAAUGUAGCAUUUGUCUUCAUUGAGUUUGGCCUCAUAGGAUCUCAGUGUGGUCCCCUUCUUACUUUCCAUCUUCCUAUCACCCCUUUGGAAAACAUCUUAAAGGUUUUGGAACAAAUGGUGAAAAUCUGACUUGGGAAUGUUGUGAAGUAGAAAGGGAAGAAGAGAACGCAGACACCUAUGGGGAAUGGGAUAGCCUCUACCCCAACCUGCCCUUAGAAUGAGCUUUGUUAUGCUCUCUUCUGGACCACUUGACUGUACCAUCAAAAACCACAAUGACAAUCAGCAAACUAAUCUUACAUACUUACCUCACAGUCUUGUGAGGACUGUCACCUAUUGCUAUUACUCUGUCGAAGGCUGGAGGGAUUGUGACCUAGGGAGCCAGUGGUCAAGCUGGGAUGCGAGCCAUGUUCUCCCCCCUCCCUCCGACUCUGCUGCCAUUUGCACACAGGUGCAUUCACAGAGCCUAGGAAUUGUUUGUGUGUGUACGCAUGCGUGUGACCACUUUCAUGGAAGAUGGUGGAGAUUUCAGUCUCCAUGACCCUGGAAUUGACCUUCUUUGAAACUCUCCCUGUGGGGCCUGGUGUGUGCUGGAGAAAGGCCCAGCUGCCUUGGCCAUCCAGAGGAGACAGGGACAUGUCAGGCUGUGUGUGCAAGGCACGAACUUCUGUGGAAGGGUGAAUGGCUAUACACAUAUGUGUGGCAGGUUCAGGGCCAAACUGUAGACUUGAUGAGCACAUCACUUGAACCAGACUUGGUUUGCUAACUCUACUUAAAGAAGAGAAAUAUUUAGGGGUAUUCAGAGCAAGAAAGAAAUCUUUUUUAUCAGAACAUUUAUAUGAUGAGCUGGGUGAUAUAGAAACUUACUAAAAUAUUUUUACUUCAGGUGGAAAACAAAUAGGACAGGUUGAUAAAAACACCCCUGAAAUUACAAUUUUAACUUGCUUUUUAAGAAUUUAAAUUUUUGCACAAAUUUUCUGGAACAUAGUAAAAUGAGUUACAUCUAUACUUUGGAAGUGAGUAGUUAAAUAAUAAUGGAUUUUUGUGAUGUUUUAAAAACUGCCUUGUGAUAGGAGAUUAAGCACAUUUUCUUUUUGAAAAUAGGUUUUCUUUGGCUAACACAUUCUGUACUCACUGAGUCACUUGAAGAUUAAAUUCAACAUUAUAAAGCUUGGUUUCUGCUAGUGAGACCUUGAGUAAUUCUUAACUUUGAUAUUGGUGCAAUUUUACUAAAAGUUGAAUGAAGCUGUCUCAGAAACACUUGGACACAUACCUAGCGAACAUGCUGGCAUAUCUGUAUUUGAGGCUUGAAAUUAUUUUCAGUGACUCAGUGUUGUAGCCUGAUGAGAUUCAAUACAGAAAACAUGAGGUUGACUGUAUAGGAACCAACCAGGGAACUAUGGAACUCGUGUUACCCAGGUCAAUUAGGUUCUUUCCGGCCAGCUAAGAAUCCCCCACAACAAAUAGAGGGGAUGGAGGCUAGAGAAUGGGAAGAAGAGGGUGGCAAAAAAAGGCAGCCUUGAAAAAUUAUUUGCUGAUGAAAUUCUAAUUGUAUUUAUGAGACUACUGGGUUUAAAAAAACAAAACAAAAAACAGCAAAAAGAAUGAUGUCCAAGCCACUGCCAGAUUAGUAUACAACGGAGGGAAGGUUUUUAGGUUGGAAUUUGACGCCCAAGCGGGACUCAGGUGCCCAAAUCCCCAUCCUAUGCCAAAUCCUGUGCUUACCCAGACUAGCAUGUUUUCUUAGGGAAGCUCAUCUGAUGCCCACUACUCAUUUUCCAGAUACUCCUGCAUGUUCCUGAGGCCACUUGUUUCACUGCAUUUGGACUUAGCCCAUGAGGAUGUAAUGCUUUUGGUAAUUCCUUCUUGGCUCAGGUCUCCCCUGGGUACACUGGGAAUACAGGUUAGUCAGUCCAACCUAAGAAGCCUUCUUGGUGCAAGGCUCUCUUUUAUUAGACUGGGUCUGGGCAAGCAGGCAGUUGAGAUAAUACAGUCUAUAGUUUAAAGGUGUCUUUGUUUUGUUUUGGAUAUUCUUGG